ACAUUAUCUGACCGAUUUUUCUUUGCUUUCAUUUACGGAGACAACUGACAGUGCCCAGAUGGAGGAAGAGAAUACUCACUGACCGCUCUUCUCCAGAACGCGGCCGGGACUAAAACGGGAACUGGAACACAGAGCAAGUGAAACGGCUAUGUGACUACCUCAGGUUGGCUCCCUUUCCGUCAGGUGCUGAGCCGAGGUGAAGUACCGCGUUGCCUCCAGAGUUGAAAGCAGAAGGAGUGGCAAGUUCAAGGUUGUCACAGAUUAAGAUGGAUGGUAGCUUUGAUUGUGACUGUGGUGAGCUGGAGCCACCUGAUCAGUAACAGAAGGCAUCUUUUCUAAGUUAAGAGCUGCCCGAGCUUUCUGUUCAAAGAGACUGAAAACAGAGAAGAAAAAGGAAAAGAAACAGAAGAAAAAUCGUGCUUACCAGCACCCUAGAAUGACGCUGCUCAGGACCAGUCCAACACUGAAUGUAUCUGCACUGUGAGGAGGAUGUUAAUAGAAGCCUAUUUUGUGCAUAUUUAUUCCCAUUUUUGUUAAAUGUUGAUCCGUUUAGCGCAGCAAAGCUGAGCGCCUAGUAUGUCGUUUCAUUCCGUUUAAGUUCCUCGAGUGUUUUCUUUCACGUCUGCAAAAUUGCUGCACCGUUCUUGAGCUAUGAAUUCUGCAAUCGUUCGACUUCUCAAUAUGAGCAUCAGAGCUCAUGAGCUCUAAAUUUCAAGGGGAUACAGCAGGCCUGGCUGGCAUGUGCGAUGAGUGUCAAGAAGCCAUCUUGCAGUGGAAGCAGAAUUAAUUUUCUUCUCCCUUUUUGAAAGAUCUCUCCUGCUACCGGUCGAAGUGUCUUUCUGUGUUUACACGAGUUCAUCAGUUUGGAAGGAGAAAGAAACAUUAAGAGUGUGAAAAUGGCAGAAAAAUUUGAAAGUCUCAUGAACAUUCACGGUUUUGAUCUGGGCUCUCGGUAUAUGGACUUAAAACCACUAGGCUCUGGUGGCAAUGGCUUAGUUUUUUCUGCUGUUGAUAAUGACUGUGACAAGAGAGUGGCCGUCAAGAAGAUCGUCCUUACGGAUCCUCAGAGUGUGAAACAUGCUCUUCGAGAGAUCAAAAUCAUCAGAAGACUCGACCACGAUAACAUUGUGAAAGUAUUUGAAAUCCUUGGCCCCAGUGGAAGUCAGUUAACAGAUGAUGUGGGCUCCCUUACAGAACUGAACUGUGUUUACAUCGUUCAGGAGUACAUGGAGACGGAUCUGGCCAAUCUAUUAGAGCAGGGCCCCUUACUGGAGGAACACGCCAGACUCUUCAUGUACCAGCUGCUACGUGGGCUCAAGUAUAUUCACUCGGCAAAUGUGCUGCACAGAGAUCUCAAACCGGCCAAUCUUUUCAUUAAUACUGAAGACUUGGUGCUGAAGAUAGGUGACUUUGGUCUUGCCCGGAUCAUGGAUCCCCAUUAUUCCCAUAAGGGUCAUCUUUCUGAAGGAUUGGUCACUAAAUGGUACAGAUCUCCACGUCUCUUGCUUUCUCCUAAUAACUAUACUAAAGCCAUUGACAUGUGGGCUGCCGGAUGCAUCUUUGCUGAAAUGCUGACUGGGAAAACCCUUUUUGCAGGUGCACACGAACUUGAACAGAUGCAGCUGAUUUUAGAAUCAAUUCCCGUUGUACAUGAGGAAGAUCGUCAAGAGCUUCUCAGUGUAAUCCCAGUUUACAUUAGAAACGACAUGACUGAGCCUCACAAACCUUUAACUCAGCUGCUUCCAGGAAUUAGUCCUGAAGCACUGGAUUUCCUGGAGCAAAUUCUGACAUUUAGUCCUAUGGAUCGAUUGACAGCAGAAGAAGCUUUGUCCCAUCCUUACAUGAGCAUCUAUUCCUUUCCCACCGAUGAGCCCAUCUCUAGUCAUCCUUUUCACAUUGAAGAUGAGGUGGAUGAUAUUUUGCUCAUGGACGAAACACACAGUCACAUUUAUAACUGGGAAAGGUACCAUGAAAGUGAAUUUUCUGAGCACGAUUGGCCUUUACACAAUAAUUACGAUAUCGACGAAGUUCAGCGUGACCCUCGGGCUCUCUCGGAUGUCCCCGAUGAAGAGGAAGUCCAAGUAGAUCCUCGCAAAUACCUGGAUGGAGAUCGAGAAAAGUAUCUGGAGGAUCCGGCUUUCGAUACCCAUUUCUCUACUGAGCCCUGUUGGCAGUAUCCAGAUCAUCACGAGAAUAAAUAUUGUGACCUGGAGUGCAGUCACACUUGUAACUACAAAAUGAGGUCGUCGUCGUAUCUAGAUAACUUGGUUUGGAGGGAGAGCGAAGUUAACCAUUAUUACGAGCCCAAGCUUAUCAUAGAUCUUUCAAACUGGAAAGAGCAGAGCAAGGAAAAGUCAGAUAAAAAAGGCAAGUCAAAAUGUGAAAGGAAUGGGUUGGUGAAGGCUCAGAUAGCACUUGAGGAAGCAUCCCAGCAGCUGGUGGAGAAAGAGAGGGAGAAGAAUCAAGGCUUUGACUUUGAUUCCUUUAUCGCAGGAACCAUUCAGCUUAGUUUACAACACGAAUCUACUGACGUUGACAAAUUAAAUGACUUGAACAGCUCAGUGUCCCAACUAGAACCGAAGAGCUUACUGUCAAAGUCGGUGAGCCGGGAGAAGCAGGAGAAAGGAAUGGCCAACUUGGCUCAGUUGGAAGCCUUGUAUCAGUCAUCCUGGGAUAGCCAGUUUGGAAGCGGCGGGGCGGAGUGCUUUCUCAUCGACCAGUUUUGUUGUGAAGUGAGGAAGGAUGAGCACAUUGAGAAGGAAAACACUUACACCAGUUACCUGGAUAAGUUUCUUAGGCAGAAGGAAGACGCUGAAGUGCUAGAAAUGGAACCAGCCGAUGAUGGGAAGCUUGGGGAGAAGGAAAGGGAGGAGGGUUUUCCCAACAAUAGCGGGGAGUUCCUGUUCAACAAGCAGCUCGAGUCCAUCGGCAUUCCCCAGUUUCACAGCCCCGUGGGGUCCCCCCUUAAAUCAAUCCAGGCCACGUUGACGCCUUCCGCUAUGAAAUCUUCCCCGCAGGUCCCCCAUAAGACCUACAGCAGCAUUCUGAAACACCUAAACUAAAACACUCAGCAGACAUUUCUUUUUUGUAUUUUUCAUGAGAUUUGUUUGUCUUUUUUUAUUCCUAGUGUAAUUUUUUUUUUUACUUGAAUCAGAUGGUGUCAUUUUAGUAUGAAUUUCACUAGUUCUCUCGGUUUACCAUUGUUUUUAAAGUCCAGAAUUACUUUCUAUACACGAGUUAGUUUUCUUUUAAACUGGCAUGUUGUUUGCACACAAAACGAAAGAAUAGAGCAAAAUAAUGCAAUGCAGGAGGAGACGAAAAAUGCACUAAACCAAGUGGAAACAUUCUCUCAGUAAAACCAUUGUUUUGCAGAAAAAAAAAACCUUGCCUUGAAAUUUACACAGUGAGACUGUACAUAAUUGCAUGAAAAUAUCUAUUUUUUUCCUAAAACGUUUUUCAUUCAUGAGUAUUUUCAAGUUUUUCAUACUGUACACAUUUCUUAAAACACAUGAAACCAGCAGCAACUGAAAAAUGAAUGCCGAAUUUGGUACGCAUGUGUUAUCUACCUCAAGGUAACAGAAGUAUGUGGCAAAACUUGUUCCCCGCCCAUAGUGCUUCACAAUACGCACUUCUAUUUAGCCAGCAUUAUUACCGUAGCUCCUCUUCUCAAGAAUCAUUCACUGUUUAUAAAUGUUUUGGUAUGCAUUCUUUAUAGUGAAGUGUUACUACACUGCAUUUUAUUUAUUUUAGCAAAUCAGUAUAUUUUCUGUAUUUAAUUAAUAGGAAGUUAACCUCGUUUUUGAUGUUUCGAUGCAAAUCGUUUUUUUUCCCCGUCUAGCCCUACGGUUUGUUGCCUACUGAGCUGAAUGUAGACCAUCAGCUUAUUCUGAGGCUGCCCCACAUACUCAAUUUACUACUUAAGUGUUCAUUUCAAGUAAAGCGCUCACUGUGUACAGGAAUUUGUAUUUUGGAGGUGCUUGAUCUGACUAAAAUGAAAAAUUGGGAACUGCUUUAUUACAAAAUGCUCCUAGAAGUCUUAAUCGUGUUCAUUUUUUAAAAAAUUUUGUAAUGUUAGGCUUGUGUGCAUGAAAGUAAUUAAGGUACACCAUUACUGUAGGUUAAAAGUUGUAUAUGGUAAGACAUCUUUUGUUUUUUUUUUUUCUGUACGUUUUUACUGAAUGAUCUAUUCCCCACGCCAAGCAAGCAUGAGUAAAAUUAGGCUAAAUGUAGCAUGUGGCAUCUCGGUCUCUUGAAAAAUUCGUUUCCCUAUUUUCCUUUGGAUACUGUCUGUAUCUUUGGUUAAACUGUUUAAAGAAAAAGAUGAAUAAAACAAAUAAACAUGGCCAGCAUAAAGUG